AUGGCUAUUAGAGGACCAAUAGGCCACCAUCCUGAUCCGUUGCGCAAUGAAGCCAGCGCGAGGCCACAGCGGUCAGGUGCCGGUAAUGCGAAUGGAAAUCGUAGUGCGCUUUCCGCCGCUAUCAUAGCGAGGCUCACUGACGAGCUAAACCGCUAUAACCCGUUCAUCGGGAUCUACCGGACUGCCCGGGAGCAGCUAAUCGAGGCCGCCCGAAGCCGGACCCCUAUAGAUGUGAUACUAUCCCCCGAUCUGCGUAUCAUCCUCCAAGGAAAAUUUGAUCCACGCACGCAUAACUUGCCUACACGGACCGAGGUAGCAGCGUUUAUCCCAGACGCGCCACCAGACUUCGGUCAGCGAACGUACCGGGAUAUGGUUUUGACUUUACGGGCCCCAGAUACGGGUCGUGCUGCCCUUCGUAGGGUGGAUCCCAGCCAUGCGGCGUAUCUACCUCUGCAUUAUGUGUUACUUUUUCCUCACGGGGAUACCGGGUGGUCCUGGGGCCUCCGUUUGACAUUCCGUGAUCGGGAUAAUGCCGCCCAGGAUGAAGUAGACGACCUUGGACCUGACGAUGGGGAAAUGGAUCUACCGGCUGUCUUACAUGACAUGGUAGAUAUAGAUACCGACCCGGACCAUGACCCAGCGACGUCUUCCUUGAACUGUAUAACAGCCCGUCAAUAUCAUGCUUUCCGCGUAUUUACUCGGUCUGAUGACUUCAAUCCAAUCCACCGUGCCUGUCGGCUAGGUCACCAGUAUUGGGUCGACACGUAUGCUACAAUUGAGCACUCCCGACUGCGUUGGUUUAGUGGUCAUCAAGACGAUAUCCGAGCGGAUACUUAUCAAGGCCUUGCAGAUCACCUAGCGGAGGCAGGUAUUGAUACUGCCACUGAGGGCACGGAGGCUAUGAUAACUGCACCGGUCGGUCAGCGUGUGAUAUUACCCUCAUCGCACAUAGGCAGCCCGCGUUUCAUGAAGAAGAUCUGUCAAGAUGCAAUUGCUUUGAUCCGUAAGUUGGGGCCGCCUACGUUGUUUAUUACUAUGACGGCCAAUCCAAGUUGGGAUGAGAUUACACGGGAGCUAUUCCCUGGCCAAACUGCCAUGGAUCGCCCGGAUUUGGUCAGCCGUGUCUUUGAUCUUAAGAAAAAAGACCUUCUCCUGCAACUCUGUAGGAAAGGUAUCUUUGGCCCUUCCACUGGCCGGUUUUGGACAAUUGAGUAUCAAAAGCGCUCCCUCCCUCACUGCCAUUUACUGCUCUUCCUGGGAAAUAGCGACCAGUUCCACAACCCUUCAAUGAUAGAUGAGGUGGUCUGUGCUGAGCUACCCGAUCCAGUGGUGGAUCCGGAACUCAGCAAGAUUGUCCGUGACUAA